AUGAAGAUCUCUCUGGUCACUCUUGCUGCUCUGAUCGCUGCGGCCGCCGCCGCCCCGGCUCCUACCCUGCCGGAGAUCAGCGACGUGAGCCAGAUCACCGCUGUUCUCAAGAGCGGCCACUCCGCUUCGUCCUACGGCAGCGUCCACAGCAUCUCCUCCGGCAGCGACAAGGGCCUCACCGGCGACGUCGGCCACUCCCUUAACAAGGUCCUGGCCGUCACCGGCCCGGACGCCAAGGAGCUCCUGAUCGAGCUCUCCCCCGAGGUGGAGGAUCUGCUCACCAAGCUCAGCCUGGGCGCUCUCGGAAAGCCCGUCGGCGAGGUCAUCAGGACCGCCGCCAAUGUCGGUGACUUGCUGAAGGAUCUGGGCGAGCCCGUUGAGGACCUCCUCACCGUCGUUGGCAAGGACGUCGGCGCCCUUCUCAUCAAGCUCUCCCCCGAGGUGAAGGGUCUCCUUGGUGGCCUCGGCCUGCCGGCCCUGGGCAACCCCAUUGGCGACGUCGUGGCCACCCUCGGCGGUGCCCUGAGCGGCACCAGCGGUGUCACCAGCGGCCUGAAGAUCCGCGGCGACAUCACCACCACCGCCAACGUCAACAACGAGGUCAACUUUGCCAAGUUCGGCAUCCCCGAGGACGUCGCCAAGAAGUACCAUAUCUCUAUUCCCGACGCCCACAAGUUCGGCUCUCUCCCCCGCAUCCACCGCGAGGGCAACUACCUCAAGACCGCCGACGGCAAGAUCCUCUGCGACCUCGGCGGUGAGGUCAACAACCUCCUUACCGUCCUCGGUCCCGAUGGUGAGACCCUUCUGGUCCAGGUUGGCGAUGAGGUUGCCGACUUGCUUACCGGGCUUGGUCUGGGCGGCCUCGGUCAGCCCCUGGGUAAGAUUGUCGGCGCCGUUGGUGGCCUGCUCGGCAGCCUUCUUCCUCAGCUUGGUAACAUUGUUGAGGGUCUCCUGUGCGGUCUCAGCUCUGAUCUCGGCAACCUCCUGGUCGAGCUCGACCCUACCCUCAAGGAGCUCCUUUCCGGCCUUGGUCUGGAAAGCCUCGCUGGGCUAGGCAGUGUGGUCGGUGUGAUCGGGGAGAACAUCUAA